AUGGGGGAGGACGUGCCUCCGCCGCUACCUGCACUGACAGCGGCAGGGGGCUACCUACCUAUUGUUCGGGAGUUACGGGCCAUGCACACUCCAAGGUUCGGAGGAUCAUUGGAUCCCGAGGCUGCAGAAGAAUGGAUGACGUGCAUCACACGAGACCUGGAAUAUGUUCAAUGUCCCCCACGUUAUCGAGCGCUACUAGCGAGCCAUCACUUGUCCGAGCAAGCUCGACAUUGGUGGGAGAAGGUGGUACAGGGGAUGCCGGACAGACAUCGUUUCACCUGGGAGGAAUUUGAGAGGAAGUACUACCGUCGACAGAAUCAAGAAAGCCGCCUCUCUGAGUUCCUGAACCUGCAGCAAGAGAACAUGACUGUGAGGGAGUACGAAGCUGAAUUCAUACGCAUGCUUAAGCAUUCGGCGCAUCUGGUGCCCCUAGAGAGUCAGAAGAUCACUAAGUUCGUUGUGGGACAACGACCCUCACUCCGCUGGAGAGUCACGCUCCAGGAGUUCCGAACUCUGAGCCAUUGCAUUGACCAGCUGGAGAAAGUAGAGGAAGCGGAAAAGGAGGAGAGAGCCAGUAGGGCCCGUGACCGAAGUCCUCCUAGACGUCAUCCCUAUACGCGUCUGCCGGGGAAGACUGGUCAGACUGGCCAGAGCAGCCGAGUGCAAGACAAGGAGCCGCAAGCGCAAGCGGCUAUACCACCGAGACCUGCGCUGGAGCUGGAGUGGCCCCGAGGGUUUAUGCCCGAUAAGCAGAGCGGGAGCUUCAAGAAGAGGAGGGAGUCGAGGCAGAUGCGAUUGCAGGUAUUCUUCUACCUCUACUCAUUGUUUGACACUGGGGCGACUCAUAGUUUUGUGAACGCGGAUAUAGUGGAGAGAAUCGGUACAGGAAAGGUCGAUCCGAUGAGUAACUUUACAGUGCGUACACCGGCAGGGGAAACCCUUACGGUUCAGGUGACUCUGCGUGGCGUACCCCUUGACAUAUGCGACCGACGAAUGACAGCAGACCUUAUUGUGGUACCUAUAGGAGUUUAUGACCUCAUACUGGGCAUGGACUGGUUGACGAAAUAUCAGGCUUAUAUCGACUGCCCCUAG